AUGUGCCAUUGUUCUCUAUUAUCAGGACAUUUAGGGAUUAAGAAAACAAAAUUUAGAGUUACCAGAAACUUUUACUGGUUUGAAUUGAAGGAAGAAAUCAGAAUAUUUAUUGUAUCUUGUGAAAACUGUUCAGUGAACAAACCUCCUGCACAUAAACCCAAAGCUCAUCUGGGAAUUAUGUUGUUUGGUGCCCCAUGGGAUUGUCUGGCCACAGAUUAUAUUGGUCCUUUACCUAUCACAAAGAGAAAGAAUAGUCUGUGUGCAAAUGACUUUGAUCCACAAAAUCACAUUCCCCAGAAAAUUAAUUUCAUGUUUGACUUAUCUGUUAAUCAAGAGAACACUAGGCAUUACUUUGUUUUGAUGUCAGGUACAAGGGUCAUGGUGUUACCCAAUGGUCCAGCCCCCUGUAAUAAGAAGUUAGUGGUGAUAGCAGAGAAGUUAAAACCAUUAAUAAGAGACCUGAUGGAUCACACAAAUAUGCUGAAGAUGUGGAUUGCAUUCCUGAUUCCAAAAAUUGAAGAUGGGAAUAACUUUGGUGUAUCAGUUCAGGAGGAAACAAUGGGAGAGGCCAGACAGGUAGAAACUGAGGCUGCCUCUUACUUAGACCAGGUGUCUAGAUACUUCAUCUCACGGGCAAAACUCAUCUCUAAAGUGGCCAAAUACCCACACAUAGAUGACUACAGACAAGCGGUGAGGGAAUUAGACGAGAAAGAAUAUGUCAGUCUGCGCCUCAUCUGCUGUGAAGUCCGCAACCACUACGCAAGCCUCCAUGACCUGGUGUUGAAGAAUAUCGACAAAAUCAAGAAACCAAGAUCAGCAAAUGCUGACAGUCUCAUUUACUGAUGGCAAUUAACAGAUUAAUUGAUAAAUUAAACACCUUUAAUUAAUUUUUUUGGCAUAAACAAACCAAGGAAACAUCAAUGUUACUAAAAUUUAAAAAUUGGAUGAACACAGCAUGGGGCGCCGUACAAGCAGGAGAUGGAUUGUUGCAUUGUUUGGUGCUAAAAAUAUCAGCAACCAGAAGAAAUGUGAAUUAAAAACAUUAUACAUUAAAUGUCAGAAAAUGGGGCUCAUAGAGUUCAGGACAAUGUAGUUCAUCAUCAUCAGUUGUUGGGUACAUAAAUUAUCAAAUCAUAGGAAUUAUUUCAUACCAUUCAACCUUGCAAUGUUUUAUUGUUACUAAAAAUAUCUGUUGGAUGAUUGUACCCCGGCCGUUUUAAAUUCAUUGAUUUUACAAUGCUGGUAGUUUUUAUUUCCUUUUUUGUCUCUAUUGAAAUUUCAUUUUGAUAUUUUCCAUUUUCAUAUUUCAAAUCACAAUAUACAUGUAAUAAUAUUGUGUUUUCCUCUGCAAAUCAGAUUGUUGACAAAUUAAACGGAAAUUGAAAACUUGUUUUAUCAAAUGUAAAACCACCAUUAAAUGGAUAUAUUGAAUGGGGGAAUAAAGAGAUAAAAGUCUUUAAAAUGUUAUUUUUUUAGUAUUUUUGUGAAUGCAGAGAGAGCAUUCAUAGAGUUUAAAUGUUCAAAAGCUUCAUGAUAAGAAAUAUUGAAAGAAUAUGUUAAUAUAUAACUUUAUACAAUAAUUUUUAUUCUCUUUUUCUCAAUAGAAAAAUCCUGACCGUAAAAGUACUAAAAUAUCUUAAAGGAAGUUUUUUUUUAAAUUCAAUUUUUUCCUAAAAGUAGUGGGAUUAUUUAAAUGAAAACUUUGAUGAUUAUAAUGUCAAACGCUCGUCCAAGUUCAUGUGUUUAAUGGUGAGACUUGUUUUUAGCAAAUUGCAUGUACAUGUAUUAAUGAAAUAAAAAAUGAAAGAUUUA